CCGAGGAGCUGAUGCCUGCUUCAUACGACACAGCCGACGGUGCGCGAGCUUUGCUCUGACCAGAACAUGAAUGAGAUGAGCUCUGAAUGAAUUUGAACAGAACUGGUGACAGAACUCACACGUCUAUUUACAGCUAUUGGAAGUAUAUUGCAACCCACGAAAUUUAAGGAACUAAAGCAACCGUAUGAAGUUAUGGAUGAUAGAGGGACUAUAUAAAUAUUAUCUUUUUGACUUUUUUUGAAACGUGGGUUCACCCCAGCAUCGGUUUCAGAGUGACCUACUUGUUGAUUUACUAUUUAAUCGACUGAGUAUUUUUUUUAAUAACCCAUCACAAUGUUCCAGCACAAUAAGAAGUGCUUCACCAUUGAAUCUCUCGUUGGUAAAGACUCCAAUUCCUCAAGUGCCGCCGCGGAUGAGCCCAUCAGACCCACUGCUCUGAGGUUUACUGAAUCCAUCCAUCCUUCUCCCUUUGGGAGCUGCUUCCAGAACUCAGGCAGGACACUGUACAGCAGCAGCCCAGAGAUGAUGUUCACAGAUCCGGCCACUCACUCCAGCAACUCCGGCCUGUCUCUGCGGCACCUCCAGAUCCCCACACAGCCCUUCUUCAGCCCUCACCAGAGGGACACCUUGAACUUCUACCCGUGGGUGCUGAGGAACAGAUAUCUGGGACAUCGAUUCCAAGGUGACGACAGUAGCCCGGAAAACCUGCUGCUACACGGACCCUUCUCUCGCAAGCCCAAGCGCAUCCGCACGGCCUUCUCCCCCUCGCAGCUGCUCCGGCUGGAACGUGCCUUUGAGAAGAACCAUUACGUGGUGGGAGCCGAGCGGAAACAGUUAGCCAAUGGGCUGUGCCUGACAGAGACGCAGGUGAAAGUCUGGUUCCAGAACAGAAGGACUAAACACAAGCGACAGAAGCUGGAGGAAGAGUCACCGGACUCGCCGCAGAAGAGGAAAGGCACUCAGCAUGUGAGCCGCUGGAGGGUGGCCACUCAGCAGGGCAGCCCUGAGGACAUCGACGUCAUUUCAGAAGACUGAUAUCAUACAUCUGCGCUAUCCUGGGUAAUAAACAUCAGUCAUGCUGACGGAUCCCUGCCGCAAAAAAGCAAGACAUUCUUCAGACUUUGUCAUGAAUUGAACUUGGCUUGUAAACUAAGUAACUGAGUCACAGCCGUCCGCUGCUGACUUCUGAUCCCGCACAACAGAAGAAAGGACGAUGACAGCAGCCGAACUACUCACAAAGACUGGAAGACUUCUGUAUGCAAAACACAUGGACCUCUUCAUUUUGGAUCACAUUCCAUUUUUGUGUGUUUUUUUUUUUUUGUAAGGUUUCACUUCUCUUUUGCUCCUUUAUUAUCAGUCAGAACAUUUCCAUCAUAAAGUAGUAUAUUGGAUGGCAAAGGUAAUAAAACCACCUUAAUGCAUAGAUUGAUAAAUGUUUUGUAGUGUUAGAAAUUCAAUGGCCACAGUCUAACAAC